CCCCGCUCUCACUCGACUCGGCCAGACUCGCAUUCGCCCGUCCGUUCAUUCCUCUCCUCCCCGCCUGUCUCACUCUGCAACUGCAUGCACAUGGAACUAGCGCCGCCGCCAAUGGGGGACGUCGCCCACCACCACGUCCACGACCCCGCGUCCUUCUCCCCGCUCUCCUCCGACGCCGGCCUCUCCCCGCACUUCCCUCCCGCGCUCGCGGACGGCGGCGCCGGCGCGCUGGACCUGUCCUUCACCUCCACCGCCUCCGCCUCCACGUCCUCCUUCACCACCGCGACCACGUUCAGCGCGCGGAGCUCGCUGUCGCUGCCGUCCUUCUCCUCCUCCACCUCGCUCUCCCCGCGCCCGCACUCCUCCUCGGCGUCCCCGCACUGGGCGCACCUCGCCGCGGCGCGCGCCGCCACGCCCGACGGCGUCCUCCGCCUCGCGCACCUGCACCUCGUCCGCGAGCUGGGCCACGGCCACCUCGCGCGCGUCUUCCUCUGCCGCCUCAAGAGCUCCCCGCCCGCGUCCCCGCUCUUCGCGCUCAAGGUCGUCGACCUCCGCGACGACGACCCCUCCCGCGUCUCCCACGUCCUCGCCGAGUCGCGCGUCCUCUCGUGUCUCGACCACCCCUUCGUGCCCACGCUCUACGCGCGCCUCGACGCCGGCCGCUACGCCUGCUUCCUCAUGGACUACUGCUCCGGAGGGGACCUGCACGCGGUGCUCCGCCGCCGGCCGGGCGGCCGCCUGCCCGUCGCCGCGGCCAGGUUCUACGCCGCGGAGGUGCUGCUCGCGAUCGAGUACCUCCACGCGCUCGGCUUCGUGUACCGCGACCUCAAGCCCGAGAACGUCCUCCUCCGGGGCGACGGCCACGUCGUGCUCUCCGACUUCGACCUCGCGCUCCCGGCGUCCGUGGAGCCCGCCGUCCGCCUACGGCAGGUGCGGAAGCAGAGCCGCCGCAGGAGGAUCGCCCUCCUCCUGUCGUGCUUCUCUGGCCCCAGCAAUGGCGGCGGCGAAGACGAAGAGGAGAUCGACGGCAAGGAGCGGUUCGAGUUCGUGGCCGAGCCGACGGCGGCGAGCUCCAAGGACUGCGUGGGCACGCACGAGUACCUCGCGCCGGAGCUCGUGAGCGGGAGCGGCCACGGCAACGGCGUCGACUGGUGGGCCUUCGGCGUCUUCCUCUACGAGCUCGUGUACGGCCGCACGCCCUUCAAGGGCCACACCAAGGAGGCCACCCUCAAGAACAUCCUCUCCAAGCAGGCCACCUACCCUCAGCUGGACGGCGAGGCCGACGCCUCGCAGCUGCGGGACCUCGUGGGGCGGCUGCUGGAGCGCGACCCGCGCCGCCGCAUGGGCGCCACGCGCGGCGCCGCCGAGAUCAAGCGGCACCCGUUCUUCUCCGGCGUGGACUGGGCGCUCAUCCGGUGCGUGGCGCCACCGGUGGUGCCGGACAGGGACGCCGCGGCCCCCGUGGGCGGCGGUGACAGGAAGGCGGCCAAGCUCGGGAGCUGGAGCAGCAUGAGCAGCAACCGCGGCAGCAAGAAGCGGAAGAGCAGCAGCUUUGGGAGGAGAUCCACAUCCACCUGCGAAGAAAGGCAGGGGGUCUUCCGCAAGCUCAUGAGCUGGAAUCAGGAGAGCCGGUCCAGCAACAAGAUCAAGACGACGACGAGCAAAGUAAAAUGAACGAAACGAAGUGUUCUUAGCUUCUUGGUGUGAUUAUUCGGGGUUGUUUGAUGGAGGGUUUUCGUUCGUUUAGUGUCCGGCCUUAGCUUACUUAUUACUUUUUUUUUGUUAGUACUCUACUAGCAGAGUACAUGCAUAGAGUGGGUCAGUGGUGUGGCUGUGGCGUGGAUCAGAUUAUUGAUUUGGUCGAGCUGUACAAAUAGCGAGGCGAUGCAUGUCACUGAGCUGAUCAGUUGACAAGGUGGUUUGGACCAUGUUCAGGCAUGGAGAAACUUCAUCCCUUGUUUAGUACUAGUAUAAAAGAAAAAGUUUAGCUUCUUUUAUGUUACGUAUGCGUGCCGAUAUUAUACUAUAUAUGUGGGAACUGGAAACCAAAGUUGUCAUAA